AUGGACGCUCCAACCGAUCCCAACGAUGCCUCACCUCCAUUCUUAUCUCAUGACGUUCAACGGCCGGAGCGUUCUACCUGCAGUAAGGGCACAAUAGAUCAUAAGGAAUGCUGGUCAAUUAUCAACGAUGAAGGUACGCAGUUGAACCAGUUGAUGAAUUUGGCGCUGCACUUUCUUUCAACAUGCAGUAACGAAACACUGCUUCUUGUUCUCGCUUGCUUGGUGGGAGCUACAUAUAUCAUCCUGGGGAGACUUGGACUACUUCUCAUUGGCGCGACGCUUGGUGCCGCAUUACAUGCAUCAUGGGAUGGAGGGGUAAAUAAUCAUCUAUCGAAAACCCAACAUCCCGCCAAAAAACAGCUCUCUUUGAGUAUAGUUCACAAGCUACUCGACUGGGAGAGGUCCAAAUCCGUUGAAACCGGCGAAAAUCACUAUGAUGCUAGGGAACCCACAAAGGAGGGCGCCUCGGAUGCCGUUGAUAUUUCCGCUGUAGGGCCCAUUACGGCCACCGUUCUGCACUCAUUAAUCGACGCGGCAAUGCGAGAUUAUGUGAACCACUGGUAUGAGCCGCUUAUUCCGAACGAGUCGACGUUCCCGACCUCUUGCCGGGGCGUACUGACAAGUUUCGUCGCCUCCAUCGCCUCCCACCUCUGCCGUAAACGAGCGGUUGAUACUUUUCUAGAAUUUCUCACCAACUCAUCUUCCAUCAUCAUCGUGUUUUUGAGUGAGCUCUGUGUCGCGUUUGAAACUGCUGGCUCUACCGUCACGGCUGAGGAUGCCGUGCUGCAGUAUCUUGAGUCGAACCCGGACAGCAGUCUCUCGAGCCUCUUAGCGCAUCAGCAACAACAUCAAAAACUAGUAACAAUCUCGGAUGAUAUUCUCUCCAGAUUCCUGGAUUCGGAUGCAUACAACUGUAUCCCGGUUCGGAACUUCUUGCGCGAAGUUCUGACGGGGAUUGCCUUUGAGUCAACAAUCACUAGUAUGUCACGGCCUGAAGUUAUAAACGGCUGGAUUACAUAUAUAUUCAGCGAGGGCGAAUCCGAGAUAAUGAGUGCAAUUGACGCUGGCGUCGAGGGAGCCCGCAACCAUGGCGUAGCAACGGUCGAAAUCUCGGGCGAGAAGUCAUUUCCCACUUCAACUUCUACGAGAGAAAACGUUACAGAAGGCAAUCCUUCUCCUGGGCAGGCACGCAACAAAGUAGACCGAGCAACGGAAGACGCUAUGCUGGAAACCAAACGCCUGAGCGCUAUGAUUGCGGCACAAAACAUACCGGAGUAUUCCGAGAAGACGAUACAAGAUGAAGUAUGCGAAGAACGUAAUACCGGAGAUCGUGAUAAUACAGAUGUCCCUACAGGCGCUGGGAGUCCUCUGGGAGAACAGCUGGAUAUGAAAGGGACCGAGCAGGUUCAAUAUGCACAAGUGAUCAAGUCCAGUGGACUGGGUGACUCUCUCACCUCGCCUUCCUUGCAGCCUGGGGAGGUUUCCGCAGGCUCAUUUAUGGGUAGUACCGAUGCCUCAUCGACUUUCAGCCUUUACCGUGCUCUCAUCACGGUUGACGAUGGCUGCGAUUCCGGGGAUAAGGCCGUGUUGCGAUCAAAGCCUACGUUGGACUACUUGAUCCAAGUUGAGCCGCAUUCUGAACGCUCUGGUGGAUGGAUGGUUUUCAAGAAAUAUGCGGAUUUUGAGGCCAUCCACGAGACAUUACUAACAAUAGCGCGAUUGAAUCAACUAAUCUUUAAGGACUCUCAUCCGCUCGUGCCGCCUUGGAAAGGACGGACACGCCAAGCUCUAGGACGGGAUUUGGAACGAUAUCUCCAGGAAGCCGUUCAGCUGGGGCCCCUUGCAGAUAGUGUGACGAUGAGGCGAUUUCUUGAAAAGGAUGGCGGUCUCAGUGCUGAGGCCGCAGACCCGUCUCUGAAACCCGGCUUUCUUUUCCCAGGCCAAGCCGCGUUUGAGAAUGUUGGCAAGGGUGUCUUGGGCGUACUAACACAUGCCCCCAGGGGAGUUUCUGGGAGUGGCAAGGCUGUUCUUGAUGGUGUCACUGGUGUUUUUGGCGGAAGCCUCAACAGAAAACUACCAAGUGGCCGGGGAGCAGGCGGUGAUGACAAGGGAGGCCACAGUGUUCCACAAAAAUAUGCUCCUCUUUUGAAGGAAGGAAGCCAACAGGAUAUCGAGAGGUUCAAGGUCAGCAAUGAUACAACGAGCGGCGAAUUGCCGUCCCAAUUGUUGGAGCUCAGCAAUACAGGUGGCCUUGCAUCACCCAGUGAGAGUGCAUCUCUUACGGAACCAUCCGAUACUCCUGUACCCACUCCCGAAUCUGAGAGGAAUAGCGCUGAUGAGGCUGAAGGUCGAGUCUUAUUCAGCUCCGCUUCGGCCAUAGAAAGCAAAGUCACAUCAACCAGUUUCUUAGAGGGAGAAAAUGACACCAAUGACAAUACUCUCAUGGGGAACAGAAAGUCCACAGACUUACAGGCCAGGCUGGAGAGUGGAAGCAGUCCUAUAACGGAAGAUGAGACGCGAAUGGCAGUCGAGCUUAUAUUUGCUCUUAUAAAUGAAUUAUAUUCAUUAUCAUCCGCUUGGAAUAUACGCCGAACAUUGUUGAACGCGGCAAAAUCAUAUAUUCUUCGACCAGGAAAUCCGAACCUAGAAACAGUUCGAGGUCUACUGCAGGAGUCUAUGAUUGACUGUUAUACUAAUGAUGAUGCUCUUGGAGCGUAUCUGGCUAAACUCAGAAAGAAUGUCCUGCCAACCGCAGAGGAACUCAAGUCAUGGCCACCUGCUCAAUCUGAUGCAGAAAAAGAGCGUCAGCGGGAGGCUGCUCGACGGACUCUGGUCCAAAAAGGGCUUCCGCAAGCUAUAACGAGUGUCAUGGGCGCGGCGGCUACCCGGGAAGCUCUUGGUAGAGUUUUUGACAGCCUUCAAGUGGAUAUUGUUGCGAGAGGGUUUGUUUUCGCAGUCCUUUUGCAGGCACUAAGGGCUAUGAUCCUUUAG